GGGGUUCCUGGAACUGUGAUCAAUACCUUGCUUUCUCUAAUAGCUUUCCUAAMGUCAUCAUCAGAGACACAAAGGAGACACAACAGUGAAGUCCACUUUCUCAUCAAAAUGKCUGAUCCUUAGAAAUACAGACAGAGCAAGACUGAGUCAGGGAUGGCUUUGCAAGGAGAACAUCCAAUCGGCAGCAUCACAACCACUAGAGAGUCUAGCAGAGUAACGGUAGAGCAGGCACAGAGGAAAUAGCUGACGUGAUUAUGCUUGCGAGUGGCUUUCAAAUUGUUUCCUCAAAAUUUCGGGGGUAGAUACCAUCGCAUCUGUGUGUUCCAGAAGACCAGUCAGGGCUGGUUGAGAAGAAGCAGUGUUURUAGCGUGGCUUCUCUCAUUCAUGUUACUUUUAUUAGUAUUAGCUUGUGGACUUAGUCCGGCUAUAGAAUAUUAGAUAUUGAUUAGUUCUAUGUGAUGCCUACAUUGGCAAGGCCCAUUUUGGUGAAGAGAGGAGAACCAUGAGAGGUGAAACAGUGUUCACUUCUUACGUGUGAUUAGGAGAAGCGGGUCCGACAGAUCUCUCUCUCGCUCUCUCAAUGAUGGGAUUUAGACGCUGGAUUGCAUGUGGAGGCGCAUUGGAAUGCAGCCCCGACCACAUGGCCCCCACAGGAGGCCCCAGACCGAAGGGCCAAGAUGGAGGAGUGAGGGGGCUGAUCAAGCGGCGUUUCUAUGGUGGGGCCAUGCGAAAGAGCAAUACCCAGUUAAACACCAUUGGGUUGAACAAAGGGAGCAGGCUCCAUGGCUCACGGGAGUCCGUGUCCAUCCCAGUCAGCGCUGCAGGAAACCUGGAUCUGAGUGCAGACACCAGUACGGUCAUCAGGCCUGUACACAGCUCCAUCCUGGGGGAGAAGUACUGUUUUGAGGUGAUAAACUCAGAGAACAACCACUGUUUUGGGUGCACCUCCGCUGCUGAGCGAGACCGCUGGAUAGAGGACCUGAGACGGGCUGCUCAGCCCAAUAAGGACAACUGUGAGCGGACAGAGAACUCCCUCAGUCUGUGGGURAACGAGGCCAAGGACUUGCUCCCCAAGAGGCGAUACUACUGCGAGCUGCACCUGGACGGCACCCUGUUUGCCCGCACCAGCAGCCGAGCCGUGGGCAAGUCUUCCCAUCACUCCAGCUUGGUUGGUGAUGGAUCCUCUGGUGGGGUGCUCGGGGGCAGCGGYGGUGUGGUCGGAGGCUGCCAGCUGUUCUGGGGAGAGUUUUUUGAGCUGGACAACUUGCCGUCGGUCUCCCAGAUCACCCURCACCUCUUCCGCGACGAGGAACCCAAGAAGAAGCGUCACUCCCGGGACGAGUCCACCCUGCAUCCCCUUGGCAGUGUGGCCAUAUCCCUGGCCGACAUCCGUGGAAGGGCCUUCCAGGAGAAAUGGCACCCGAUCAUUCCUUACAAGGCGUCUGGUGCCGGCGGGACGAAGGAGCAACUGGGGCCCCAAGCGUCGCUCCGUGUCAAGGCSCGCUUUCAGAACCUGCAGGUGCUGCCCAUCGAGAGGUAUAAGGAGUUUGCAGAGUUUGUGACAGUAGACUAUGUGGGCAUGUGUAGGAACCUGCAGCCACUGCUGUCUGUCAGGGAGAAGGAGGAACUGGCCGGGGCACUGGUCCACGUCUUGCAAAGCAUUGGCAAGGCCAAGGAGUUCCUUAUCGAGUUGGGUAGUGAAGAGGUGGAACGCCUUGGGGAGAAAGAGGCAUUGAUCUUCAGGGAGAACACGCUGGCCACCAAGGCCAUUGAUGAGUACAUGAAGCUGGUGGGSCAGAAGUACCUCAUCGACACCCUGGGGGACUUCAUCACUCGACUGUAUGCCUCAGUAGAGAGCUGUGAAGUGGACCCUCUCAAAUGCCCCGCCUCUGAGCUGUCAAACAACCAGCGGCACCUGAAGGAGAGCUGUGAGGAGGCAGUGCAGAAAAUCACUGAGAUGCACGGGUCUUUCCCUGAAGAGCUUAACAGGAUCUUCUCCAGCUGGGUGAAGCUGUGCGAGGAGCAGGAACGACCUGAAAUCGGCCAGCGCCUCAUCUCUGCCUCGCUAUUYCUCCGUUUUCUGUGUCCCGCCAUCCUCAGCCCCUCCCUGUUUGGUCUGACACAGCCCUAYCCAGAGCCGGCCACCCUGCGCACCCUCACCUUCACCGCCAAGGUCAUCCAGAACCUGGCCAACUUUACCCUGUUUGGGGAGAAGGAGGAGUACAUGCUGUUCAUGAAUGACUUCCUGCAGCAGCACUGGGAGAGGAUGAGGUGCUUCCUUCAGACAGUGUCCAGCCCAGACAUAGAGAUCCCAAUGACAUCCUUCGAUGGCUAUGUUGACUUGCCUCUGCGUCUGGCUGUCCUACACAGCCUGCUGGUCGACAUAGUUUCCCCAAUGAAGCAGGACACCAUAGACAAACUGCACCCUCUGCCUUCAAUCCUGAACCAGAUUACAGAAUCUCUGGGCCCAGACGCUCUACGGAUUACUGUUAGCAGCAACAUUGGUCAAUCCAAGCCAACCUAUGUGCCCCCUAAAGACCUGGGUAAGUACAGCCCUCUGCACAACUCCCUGCAGCAGCUGCCUAUGGAUGUGAAGGGCAGCCAGCGGAAAGAAAGCUUUCAGAGGGGCAAUCGAGACAGGAGGAGUGCCAGAGAGAGGAAGCCAGUAUCCAGAACCCAGAGUGCGCCGCACAGACCGCUGGCAGACCCUAAACAGCUACGGAGGAGACAGAGCAGCACUGAAAAUCUGCCGCUGGAGGACCAAGAGGCAGAGCGGGAAGCCAACCCGCCACUUGAUAUCUCAUCACCACAGAACAGUGUCGGUGUAAAGUCUCCUCCUGCCCCAGUGCCUUGGAUCAAAGUGUCCCAGAGCAAGGAGCCAUACGAGAGGAAGAUAGAGAAUGAAGAGAUCAACSUACUGGACMGGCAUGCACAGGAGCUGUCGGAGCUCCGCCUGGGGGUGGAGCAGGUGACAGAGCGKGAGUUGGAAAUGGCCAAGCGGCUGGAGGACGUCAUUGUCCAAAGCCAAGAUCAGAAUGCAGUCUUGYUGGCUGAGGUUAACGAACUGCGGAAUCUUCUGGCUGUCCGUGAGGAACAGCUCGCCAGCGCCACUUUCAGGCUGGGGGUUAUCGAGGAGGAGAGGGAGGAGGAUGAGAGGAAGCURAACGUCGCCGUGGCAGCAGCUGAGCGAAUGAACGUACUGGAGGAGCAGUUUGCAGACCUGCUGAAGGACAGGCACCAGCUCAGUGGAGACUACACCGGUGACCAGAACAACACACAGUACCCUGGGAUCGGGGCCAAUCAUGUCAACAGCAACUGAAGUCAGACUGGCAGCACAGAGUUGUAAUAUAGACACGUGUAGUUUAGUCCCCAUAGCUUUCAUGUUCUUCCAAAUACAAAAACACCCMGAAUAAUGUCAUUAUGCCUGACGGUUGGCUUACUUUCAGAAAUACAGUAAAUGUAUACAUGAAUCUUAAACGGUGUCCAAUUGCAAAAACAGAAAUGAACUAAAMAGUCACAGGUAUGCUAAGCCUGUUUAACAUAGCACUUACUGUGUACACUGUACUUGAAAUAUUUGUGGAAUAUUAGUUGAUUUGACAGAAAGACGGAUCUAAUGUGAGUGUAGAAACCUAAACAUCAAUAAUAGCCUACGGUAAGAACAAUUUCCCUCUCUGCAGUUUAACCAAAUGAAUGUAAGGAUACCACACCUUGAUAUGUAAUUAAAUACAUCUUUGCCCUCUUGAUUCACCACUUCUCAGAAUGUUGUCCAUUUUCCAUCCGUUCUGAAUGCAGAUACAAUUUCUGUUAACUUAAUUUAAUAAAUAAAACUCAAAUAAGCAAUGUACCGUU